ACAUUUCUUUUGAAAACGGUCAGUGACAAUCACAGUUUGUGGUGAGAAGUAGUUUGCGAGUUUGAAACAGAAUGACGAUGCACGCACGAACCAUUGUAGUACUUUUAUUAGCUCAUGUUUGCGGUAGAAUUGUGUGUAGUCCAUCGUUCGCUGCCGAGUACAUUUUCGGAGGAAAUGACGCCAAGGAAGGGGCCGCACCUUAUCAAGUUUCGUUACAACUGCGCCGCUUCCAUUUUUGUGGUGGAUCAAUCGUAGGUGACCGCUGGAUACUGACUGCAGCUCACUGCCUAUUACCCGUAAAUCUAAACGAGACACGCGUUGUGGUUGGAACUAAUAAUUGGAAAAAUGGUGGCACCGAGUACGGCGUAGAUCGUGCUAUUCCUUACAACAAAUCGCAGCCAAUUACAUCGCUCAAUUCGGACGACAUUGCAUUGCUUCGUCUGGCUGUUCCACUGAAGUUCAGCAAGCGUGUACGAAGUAUUGCCUAUUCGGCGGAAAAAGUUCCCGAUUAUGCUAUCCUUACAGUUACCGGCUGGGGACUAAUAAAUAAUGCGACAUUAACGGGAAAACUUCAAACCCUCGAUGUGCGCCACGUUGCACUUGAUCGUUGUCGCGACAUUAUAGCUAAAGCGACAGAAUGGCCAAACAAGCUCAGCGAAAACAAUAUGUGCACUUUAAAAAAAAGAGGUCAAGGAACGUGUGAUGGUGAUUCUGGCAGUCCGCUGAUAUGGAAGGGAAAACUGGUCGGCUUAGUUAAGGCGGUUUUGCCGAAAGACAACCAAUGCGCAAUGGGAUUACCUGAUAUUCAGACACGCAUUUCUUACUAUCAUAGCUGGAUACAGAAGACAAUUGCGUCCAACAGUGAUUAAAAGUGAACCGAGUUAAAUAAUUGUUAGUUCAUUCUUUGCUAACAUACAUGUAUUUUGACAUUGAAUUACAUUUACAUAUAUUUUUAGACAUAUGGCAUGGCCGUUCUUCAGCAAAUAAAAACUUUAUAUUAUUUUGAGAGCUGCGAAUCAAUUGUAACUCAUACUUCAAA